CAACACUACUUUCGAAACAAACAUGGCCGCAUGGCCCGGUGACAGUAUCGCAUCCGAUAACCGCGCUCAAAACAAUAAAUUAACAAAUUUCCUAAACGCUGAAUUUAAUUUAAAUGUCGAUAAUGGUAGCUACGCGUGUGAAGUGCCAGAGUUUAAAUAUGAUAAAGUGAUUCAGAGCGAAGUGACAUCGAAAAGCGCAAUAGUUUCCAAGGACGGGAAUUCGGAGAAAUAUGAUAGAUUGUUACCCCAAAAUGAGACUGAGAAAAAAAACGAAAUGGACCCGGAUAAGAAGAGGAAAUCAGAUGACGCCCGAUACAAGUGCGAAUACGACGGCUGCGAGCGGACUUACAGCACGGUCGGAAAUCUGCGCACGCACAUGAAAACACACAAAGGUGAAUACAGAUUCAAAUGCUCCAUGCCGUCGUGCAACAAGGCGUUCCUCACUUCGUACAGUUUGAAGAUACACGUCCGGGCGCACACGAAAGCGAAGCCUUUUGCGUGCACUAUCAGCGGCUGCAGGAAGGCAUUUAAUACUCUAUACAGGUUGCGAGCUCACCAGCGACUGCACAGCGGCGACACAUUCAACUGCCAGGCGGAAGGAUGCACGAAAUUCUUCACAACACACAGCGAUUUGAAGAAACACAUACGGACGCAUACGCAGGAGCGGCCUUACAAAUGUGUGCGGGAGGGUUGCGGCAAGUCGUUCACGGCCUCGCACCACCUCAAGGCGCACGCGCGCACGCACUCCCGACCAGCGCCCGCGCUUGUCCCGCCGCCUCCAACUCGGGUAUGUGCUAUAGCUUUAUUAUCUUAUCUAUGGAACUUUAAAAACUUUAAUUUAUUGUCUCUUUUUUUUCGAGAUCUUACCCGUCUGAUUUACCCGCAGAUCGAAACGGAGCCGUUUCUAGAAAUCCCCGCCAAACCGCAACCGACGGACGGCAUGAACUGGGAGGGCCUCCUCGAGUCCUUCGGCAGAAUCACCACCGAGUCCAACUCCACAGAUGGCAGCCUCGAAGAUAUCAACACGGUCGACCCCCUCCCGACCGCCAGUGUCGACAUAACCGACUUAUUGUUUGACAACGCCAACCCUAACAAUUUAGACUACGACCUUAACUUACAAUUUGACAAAAAGAAGGAAAACUCCUGGAUCCAUCUCCAACCUACGCUGAUCGAUGGCAAAAGAAAAGCUAUGCAACUCGCUUUGGCGAAUGAAAUCGAAGUACAAGCCCCGUGGGUCGACGUGAGCGCUUUAGCCGCAUCCAUAUCGGAAACCCCGGUCAGCAUUAAAGAAAAAACUCCUGAAAGCAUUUUCACUAUGGCGACUUUUGUACCGACUCAUAUGCAAAGUUAUAUCGAUUUAAAUCCCGAAACUGCUAAUGUAAUAACGCAAAGCGCCUUCGAUUUGGCUUCACCAAACAUUUUAGAUGUAGCUGACAAAGUUUUUAAUGAUAGCGAGCUGGUUUCCAAUAUGUCCACUAAAAUUGAAGACAUUGAAAAUUUCCUAAAAGAUGACAGAUCUUUAAAUACUCCACCACCUUGUAGAGUUCAUCAGAAUAUCGAAAUAAAUCCGGCCAAUUCAGUACUCUUCAAUUCUGAUUUAGAUCUAGAAGACACAUUGCUAUUUGACAACGAACCUUUAUCAGACAUGUAUGUGGUAAGAACUGAGAAUAUAUUCGGGAAAGAAAUUGCUAAGAGAAAUGCAUUGGCACAAUUAGCAGCAGACGCUGGUAUUUGCAAUUGCAUGACAUGCGAAUGUGAUCCUACAUUGGGAGAAUGUAGGGGCGACUGUCAAAGCAAAGAACCAGAACCGAUACAGCCAGAGAAACGUAAAUGCCCAGAUACUUGUGACUGUGAUGAAGAUUGCCAAUGUGACCAUGAAGCUAUGAAAUGUGUUGUCGGUUGUGGUAAAGCUACUGACACAAACCAUAAUACCUUCUUAGACUACCAUCGGAGACAUAAACUGACAAGCUUGGAAGAACUAGGAGUAUACACUGUUCAUGAAGAUGAUCUACCAACAGCAACAUUUGUUGAGCAAUUAUCUUGUUCUUGUGACAAAUCUACAUCCUCUAAUGUUAAUAAGAAAUCAGAAGACUUUUCAGAAAAUAACAAUUGGGAAACUGGUUGUCACGGCGUUCAAACUUCUGAAGGCAAGAAAGAGUCUGUGUGCCAAGGCAAGAAAGAAUCCACUUGUCAGGGUAAGAAGGAAACUGCUUGCCAGAGCAAGAGUGAAGCUCCUCAGGGCAAGAAAAACUCUCCUCGUGAGAGUAAAAGUGGGUCCACUUGCGGAGGCAAGAAAGAAUCUACUUGCCAAGGUAAGAAUGAAUCUAAUUGGCAAGGCAAGAAAGAAUCUGCUUGCCAAGAUAAGAAAGAAUCUACUUGCCAACGUAAGAAAGAGCCUUGUCAAAGUAAGAAAGAGUCUACUUGCAAAAGUAAAGAUUCUUGUUGCAAUAACAACACAUAUUCAGGUAAUGGAGGUUGUUCAGAUGCUUCCAAAGAUAAGUGUUGUGUUACAGUAUGCAUUAAGAAGUUAGAAGCAUUCAAGCAAUUUUUGUCAGACCAUGAAUUACUGGGUGCUUUGAAAGCGCACAAUUUGGAUUUGACUUCGAUGUGAUGCAUUUAAUUUUACAUUGUUAUCAUCGGACCAAAAAAAGUCUGCAG